GUUGAGAACGCAAAAUGGAAGUAUAAUUUCAAAACUAACACCGUCUUGCUCAAUCAAUCCUAUCCCGCAACGGUUUAGGCCAUGAAAGAAGAUUAUGAGAUUGAAGAGAAAAAGCAAGCUGCUGCUGAUGUCUUGUUUCAGUAUUCAAAGUUUGUGAUGGCAUGCAUAGGAAAUCAAGUUCGACCUGCUGCCUUGAGGUUGCAUUUAAUGAAGGAGAUUUCAGGUUUACCAACUUCUCUGAAGAGAGAAUCAUCCCAUGUAGCGGCUUCACCUGAUGCAAUGGGUGAAUCAUCAAGUUCAGGUACUGCCAGACUGGAUAAAGCAGACAGUUUUCGUGCAUUGUAGUUUUCAGAAGCGAUAUGGAGUUUUUGAUGUUUGGAGUCUUCGGUAUAUUUGCUGAGCCACAUAAAUCCCUGUUUCUGUUUUAUUAUUAGCUUAUGGGUUUCUGGCCUUUAUUCUAUUAUGGGAGAAUAUUUUUAAUGUGAUAUAGGAAAUUGUCCAUCUUCAUGUGAUGUAUAAUACAGAGAUGUCUACAAAAUAAUAAUUUAUUUCUACCUUCUUAAUCAUCGAUAUCAUUCUCUUCA